CUCAUUAUAGUGUCAAAAAUCGCCAGUCCGAUGAUAAAUUGAGACUCCUGUCUCUCUCUCACUCAUAGAUGGAAGCAGAGCAAAAGUCGAGCAAAGCUCACAUCUAGUUCCGUAAUCCAGCCAAGGCCACUCUUAACUCUCUCUCUCAUAGAUGGAGGCAGAGCAAAAGUCGAGCGGAGCUCACAUCUUAGUAGUUCCCUACCCCAGCCAAGGCCACAUUAACCCAAUGCUCCAAUUCUGCAAGCGUCUACUCUCAAAGGGCGCCAAACCCACCCUCGUCCUCACAAAUUUCGUCUCCAAAUCCUUCGAUCCCAAAUCCACCUCCAUCCCCGUCGCCACCAUCUCCGACGGCUUCGAUGCCGGCGGCUUCCGCCAAGCCAGGGACGUCGACCACUACGUCGCGCAGAUGCGCCGCGCCGGCUCCCAAACCCUAGCAGAUCUCCUCCGAUCCUUCGCCCAAUCCAACGAUCGCGUCGAUUGCAUCGUCUACGACGCUUUCCUCGCUUGGGCGCUCGACAUCGCGCUCGAAUUUGGUGUCAAGGGAGCUGCUUUCUUCACUCACGCUUGCGCGGUGAAUUACGUGUACUAUUACGCCGCCCGCGGGGUGCUGAAGCUGCCGGUGGAGGCGACGGUGGAGCUGCCGGGGCUGCCGCCGCUGGACCCGCCUGAUUUCCCGUCGUUCAUAUACGUGCACGGAUCGUACCCGGCUUACUUCAAGAUGGUGUUGAACGAGUUCUCGAAUUUGGAUGGGGCGGAUUUUGUGCUUGUCAAUACGUUUUACGAAUUGGAGAAAGAGGUAGUAGAUUCGAUGUCAAAAGUAUUUCGAGUUCUUACAAUUGGACCUACAAUCCCAUCUUUCUAUUUGGACAACCGAGUUGCAAACGACAACAAAUAUGAUAUCAACCUUUUCCAAGCCGAACCCUCAACAACAAUCACCAAUUGGCUCGACAAGAAACCUCAAGGAUCAGUUGUAUACGUUGCAUUCGGUAGCAUGGCUACUCUCCCCAAAGAACAGACGGAAGAGCUUGCGUGGGGACUGCGAAACACAAAUUUCGACUUUUUAUGGGUCGUCGGGGCUCGAGACACAGAAGAAUUGCUUCCAACGGAUUUCUUCCGUGGGUUGCACGAUAGGUCCUUGUUCGUGCACUGGAGCCCUCAGUUGGAGGUGCUGGCUAACAAGGCGGUCGGGUGCUUCUUCUCGCACGGGGGGUGGAAUUCCACGACCGAGGCGUUGAGCCUGGGGGUCCCGAUGGUUGUCAUGCCACAGUGGACGGAUCAGACGACGGAUGCUAAGUUCGUGCAGGAUGUCUGGGGCGUUGGCGUUCGGGUUAGGGUUGGCGGGGACGGUCUCGUCCGGAGAGAGGAGAUCGAGGGUUGUAUAAGGGAAGUGAUGGAGGGGGAGAAGGGGAAAGAGGUGAAGAGGAAUGCUAGAAAAUGGAGUGAUUUGGCUAAGGAGGCAAUGAGUGAGGGUGGCACUUCUGACAUAAAUAUUGAUACAUUUAUAUCUAAGUUGAUCACUACUUCUUAACCCUUGCAUUGAACAACGACUCAUCGUUACUUACUUUAAUCAUAUUCAUUACAAGUAGCAUAGGCAGUUCUAUAUCUUUGUCAAUUGCAUGUAUAAUUAUUAUUAGUUGCAUAGGUAGUUCUAUAUCUUUGUCAAUUGCAUAAUUAUUGUACUGUUUGCACACUUUCGAGCAUGUGCAUACUUCUUUUUCCUCAUAUUUCAAGAUGAACCUGAUUAUAUUUCA